GGUCGGGUGCGGAAAGUUUGCAACGAUAUCGAAAGGGAUCUUAUGCGUGCCUUUGCUAGGAUGCGUGUCUUUUUAACCCAAGGGAAGGAAAUAAUGACAGGUGCAUGAGGGCACCCAGGGAAAUUUAAAAGCAGAAGAAAAGAAGAGACCACAGUGUUUCCAAAACGUCCUUGAAGAGAGAAUUGAUCCUCCUUGCCUUCUCCCGUCUCUCCGAGAGCGAAGCCUCGCCGAGAGAACUACAUUUCCCAGAAAUCCACUGAAGGGGCAGGCUGGAUGUGUUAAUUGGGCGGGGGCCUAAACUGCGAUCAAGAGGGUCUUAAGGGCUUAGUCAGAGUAAAAUGAGCCGCAGCGUCGAAGGGUCUGUAGAACUUUGGAACUGCUUUUCCCGGCGCUCCCCGCGCCUCAGGCGAAAACCAGGUGUGUUUCCUGCUAACAGCGAGAUGCCUGGGGUCCCAUUCUUGCCAUAUUCCAUUCUACUGGGAAUUCUGGGGAUUGUGUGUGUGGGUUUCACCAUUUACUGGAGCCAACACUGGCUUGGAGGCUUUGCCUGGGAUGGCUCUACUAAAAUGUUUAACUGGCACCCAGUUCUCAUGGUGACCGGCAUGCUGUUCUUGUACGGUGCAGCAGCCCUGGUGUAUCGAUUUCCCUGGUCCUGGGAAGGGCCCAAGCUUCCGUGGAAGCUGGUCCAUGCAGCACUGACCUUGACCACAUUUGUCAUUACUGUUCUGGGCCUGGUGGCUGUCUUUGAGUUCCACAACAAGAAUGAGAUACCUAACAUGUACUCACUGCACAGCUGGCUGGGGCUAUCGGCUGUGAUAUUCUUCUCCUGUCAGGUGAGUAAGAACCUCAUAAUUGUAUGUAUAUAUUUUAAAAGCUGGCAUGUCCCACCUGUUUCCCUGAGAGGAGACUUAAUGUACCAAAAAAGUGGAGGGUAA